UUUUUCGAUACUAAAAAAACGGACGCUUAAAUUCUAUAUUUUUCUUUGUUCUUCAAUCGUCUCUUUCAUCUGAAAUCAGCUAUGGGUUCUGAUGCGGAUAUGGAGGAUUAUGGAUUCGAGUAUUCGGACGAGGAGCAGGAAGAACAAGAUGUUGAUAUAGAGAAUCAGUACUACAAUUCCAAAGGUAUGGUCGAAACUGAUCCCAAAGGAGCACUUGAGGGUUUUGCUGAAGUAGUACAUAUGGAACCUGAGAAGGCAGAGUGGGGAUUUAAAGCUUUAAAGCAAACUGUUAAGCUUUACUAUAAGCUAGGGAAGUUCAAGGAAAUGAUGGAUUCUUAUAGAGAAAUGCUUACCUACAUAAAAUCAGCAGUGACACGGAACUAUAGUGAGAAGUGUAUAAAUGGUAUCAUGGAUUUUGUUUCUGGAUCAGCUAGUCAGAACUUCGGCCUUCUGCAAGAGUUCUACCAGACAACACUGAAAGCCCUUGAAGAGGCUAAGAAUGAGAGGUUGUGGUUCAAGACGAAUCUAAAGCUUUGCAAGAUUUGGUUUGACAUGGGGGAAUAUGGACGAAUGAGCAAGAUUUUGAAAGAGCUCCACAAAUCUUGUAAAAAAGAAGAUGGCACUGAUGAUGAGAAGAAAGGGACACAAUUGUUGGAGGUAUAUGCAAUUGAGAUUCAAAUGUAUACAGAGACAAAAAACAACAAAAAACUGAAGGAACUGUACAACAAAGCACUUUCAGUCAAGUCGGCUAUUCCUCAUCCAAGAAUAAUGGGAAUCAUUCGUGAAUGCGGAGGUAAAAUGCAUAUGGCAGAGAGAAAGUGGGCAGAGGCAGCUACAGACUUCUUUGAAGCUUUCAAGAACUAUGAUGAAGCUGGGAAUCAUAGGCGUAUCCAGUGCCUGAAGUACUUGGUCCUGGCAAAUAUGCUGAUGGAGUCUGAAGUUAACCCUUUUGAUGGCCAAGAAGCUAAACCUUACAAAAAUGACCCUGAGAUCUUGGCCAUGACAAACCUUAUCGCAGCAUAUCAACGAAAUGAGAUCUUAGAGUUCGAGAAAAUUAUUAAGAGUAAUAGACGGACAAUAAUGGAUGACCCUUUCAUUCGGAAUUACAUUGAAGAUCUUUUAAGGAAGGUCAGAACACAGGUUUUACUGAAGCUCAUCAAGCCUUACACAAGAAUCCGGAUUCCCUUCAUAUCCAAGGAGCUGAAUGUGCCAGAAAAAGAUGUUGAGGACUUGUUGGUCUCACUAAUCUUGGAUAACCGGAUUGAUGGCCACAUUGAUCAAGUGAACGGGCUGCUAGAGUGUCGCGACAGAUCAAAAGGGAUGAAGAAGUACACUGCCAUUGAUAAAUGGAACACACAGCUAAGGUCUCUCUACCAAACUGUUGGCAACAAAGUAUGUUGAGGUUUAUAUAAACCUAUACUCAUAAGUCAUACCCAGUUUUGUUUCAUUAAUUUUAGUUUAUAUAUUUGUUGUUUGUAGUAAUUUU